UUUUCGAUAAAAAUUUCAUUGUGCUUUCAAAAGAUUGAAGAUAUAUAAAAGAAUUUUUGUCAGAUUUUCGUUCUAAAUUCACAGCAAAAUUAUCAGAUUUUGAGAUGCUUAACAUUGACACCAGCUCGGGAGUCAGUUCAACGGCGACUAUCGUUAAUGUCAAGGAGACGAAGAAUUCGCCGAUUGGCAAUCGUAGUAGGAGUCGUAGUCAUAGUCGUAGCCGGAGUCGUAGUCCCGGUGUCAUCUCUGACAAUCCGAAUCUGAGUCCAUCCGAGAUGCCGUCGAAUAGUCGCAGGGCCUUUCUCCAGCAUAUGGUGGACAGUUUGCCAAAGACGGUGUACAAUCGGGUAUUGGCACUGAAGCACAAUCAAUUGCAGCAAAUAAAGAUUUCAGAACAGUUCUUUCGUGAGGUCUAUGAGCUGGAGAAGCGUUUCUAUUUGCAGAGCUGUACACUCUUCGAUGUCCGUCGCGAUAUUGUGGCCGGCGAUGUGGAGCCGCCGGCUAUAGAGCGCUAUUGGCAUGAGGAGCCCGACGACCUGCUUGAGGAGAUUAAAAACACAGACGAGUUCAAGCACAUGAUCGAACAGCUGCAACCCUUGCCAGCCAAUGCGAUGGGCGUGCCGCGCUUUUGGCUAACGGUCUUUCGGAAUGUGGCUCUCAUCUCAGAUUUAGUUCAGGAGCAUGAUGAGCCAUUACUUGAGUGUCUGGUGGACGUGCGCAUUACCUACGAACCAGAUAGCUACACAGUUAUUUUUCAAUUUCGUCCAAACGGAUAUUUGCACACGUCGUCGCUCUUGCUGACCAAGAAAUACAUACUGCGCCACGAGGCGGACAAAGACUAUCCAUUUAUGUUCGAGGGUCCGGAAAUUGUACGUUGUGAGGGCUGUCACAUACACUGGCGGGAUGGCUCCAAUUUGACAUUACAGACGGUGAAACAGAAACGACUUCGCAAAGGUGCACGCAAUAUACCAAAGGUGAUGCCACGAGAGUCCUUCUUUCGAUUCUUUUCACCGCCGCAAGCGAUGGAUCUAUCGUUGGCCGAUGAGAAGACCAAAAUGGUACUCGGCGCCGACUUUGAGGUGGGAUAUCUGCUCCGCACUCAAAUUGUGCCCAAGGCGAUACUCUUCUAUACCGGCGACAUUGUGGAUAACGUCAACGAUGAGCUCUGCUCAGCGGACAAUACAUCGGCAUCGUUGUCCUCUGUGUCGCAAGGUGAUCAAGAUAAUCACACGGUCUGCAGGAAUCGUCCCAGCAUUAGCAGUGUUAAUCCUCAAUAGAAGUUUUACAAUUUCUAAUAAUCGAACGCGUUUUCAUUCCAUCAUCAUAAUCUCUACUUAUAUAUAUACACACACAAGGUAUACACGUACA